AUGUUUCUGUUGAUUUUUCCGUCCGGUCUGCAAGUGAAUAAGCGACCGAGGACAUUUGUUCAGGCCAGUCUCGCCCCGAAAAUGUUGGUCUCCCCUCAGGCCACGCAGUACCGGGGGACAGCUGUUGCCGGGUUUCACACUCUACUCUGGGUCGUCUCGGCCGGUCUGACGGGCGAGCUUAAGCCGGCCUCCACGCCGCACAGGGUCGGGGUUGACUGGAUCUGUAGCCGGGCCUGGCAGCGGGACUGUGGUGCGAAAUUAGCAUAUGCGCCAGUUUGA